UUUUUAAAAAUAUUUAUACUAAACCCUGUCCCAUCAAAUUUUAUUCGUAUGACAUGUUCCCUUUUUUCACUGAGAAAUUGUCAGAAAUGAAAACCAUUGGGAAUCGUUUGGACACUUUUUGAACAUUUUGCUCAAUUUAUCAAUAUAACCUUCCGGGUACUUUCAUGUCGUUUGCAAUACGAAGUUUAGUAGGUAGACCAACUAUUUUAAGCAAUGUCCUUUAUUCUGAAAAGAUAAAGGCGACAUUUGAACAAACAAACAUAACAUUUAUCCAUAUUUUUCGCUAAAUUGAUAUACUUUUCAUACCAAGAUUAUUGUGAAAACCAAAUAAUCAUUAAAAUGAGAAAGAAAGGAGAAACCGAGACAUACUUUACCUGCAGUAAAAUCAAGUGAGCUUCUCUGAUCAAGACGUGUUGUCGUUCCCUGCAUUAGAUAUUUACGUGAUCACAAGCUGGAUUAACGAAGAAUUCAAAUAUUUAAUAUGAAAAUUCAAUUCAAGGGAGAGGGAUUCCGAACGUUUCUGAAAAUGAUGCACUCCACAGGCUUGGAUGCUGAAUCUAAGCCAUAGGUUUCGGAUGCUGGAGGAGAUUAAGAUUUUUGGAGCUGGCCACAUGUUUAUGCAAAUAAUCCUAAUGAAGAGGACAGAGCAUCAAAACCUAUUGAGGAGCAUCACGAAUAACAUGUACAAAGGAUUCAUCAUUAAGAAGUUAGUUCAUGAAACUCGAAACGCAACUGCUGGUAUUGGAAUUCUCCCGGGCAAUAAAAGACGUCUUGAUUGUAUUUGUAUCUCGAAUACUAAAACUGGAGAAGUUACCUCGAGAUCCAGGCCUGUAGAACCUCUUUCUUUAUCGAGGGUCACAUCAAACGAUGGUGGAAACUAUAUCGUCAAGAAAUCUCUGAGUGACGGAAUUAUAGAGACCGGAAGUUGCACACAGAUUAUCAAAGCUAGGUCACCAACUCGCUGAUGUCAAGGACGAUCAUCAUGUAAGAAACAUGUCAACUUUAAGUCAAGAUAAAAAUUGUACCGGUAUCCAUUUAUUUAUCCGUUUAUUUAUCUUUUUUCCAUUUUAUAACUGCUUCUUAAUUUUCAUUUUACCAAAAUUCUAUUUACUGAAUAACGACACAAACAACAACCAGCAACAUCGUAUUUACAAAGCGAGGGCUCAACUAAGAAGUGGUCUUUGAUCCAGACUGGAUCGUCAAA